AGUUUGUAAAUAGAGAUCCCCGCUCACAGCAGUGGCAGCAUCACACUGCUAGCCUACUAUUGUGUUACACUGCGAUGAACAUGAAGAGGACCUGACCGAGUACAGUACAGUACAGGAGAGGAGAAGAGUGCGGUGGCACCUCUGGCAAAGUGGGAAGCAAUUGUCAGAUUCAGCAUGGAGAGGUAUUUGUCCACCCCACCGGAUGGAGGCUAUGGCUGGGUUGUGGUGACCUCGGCCUUCUUCAUCAUGGGCCUCACUGCUGCUGUUCACAAGAACUUUGGCUUGUUUUUCCUUGAAAUCCAAAAUCACUACAGUGUCCUUACUAGCACUACCUCAUGGAUGACCUCAACCACCAUUGCUGUGUUUCAUUUGGGUGCUCCUCUUGCCAGUGCUCUCAGUAUGCACCUGUCCCAUCGCACUGUUAUCAUGGUCGGAGGGCUUCUGGCUGUCUCAGGAAUGAUUAUCGCCUCUUUGGGCCUCAGUCUGCCUUGGAUGUAUCUGUCUGUGGGUAUACUGCAAGGACUUGGAAUCUCAUUUUCUUGGACACCAGCCAACAGCAUGGUCAGCCAUUACUUCGAACGCUGGCGCCCCAUUGCCUAUUCGAUUGCUAGUUCUGGAGAGUGUGUCUUUGCGAUGAUGUUCAGCCCAUUUUUCCAAUGGCUUAUCAACAGCUAUUCUUGGCAGGGGUCUCUACUCAUCAUCGGCGGUCUUCAGCUGAAUCUGUGUGUGUGUGGUGCUCUGAUGAGGCCCCUUCAAACCCCUAUCCAAGGCAAACUUGUGCUGGACUCAAAAGAUGAAAGCAGGACAUCAAAAAAAGGCACAUUCCAGUGGGAUCUCAUUCAGAGGCCUGAGCUGCUGCUAUAUAUUGUGUUUGCCAUCUUGGCUGCGGCGGGUUUCUUCAUCCCACCUUUGUUUCUAGUGCCGUAUGCCAACAGUUUGGGCAUGGGGCAGUACUGGGCUGCCUCCGUUCUGUCAGUGCUGGCAUUGGCGGACAUGUUUGGCAGACUGGCAUGCGGUUGGCUGGCUAACCUGCGGCUCGUGAGAAACUUGCAGCUGUUGACUAUGGUGGUCACUGCACAGGGGGUGGUGCUGUUCCUGCUGCCCAUUUCACAAAGCUACUGGACCAUCCUGUUCUUCUGCUCGCUCUAUGGCUUCCUGUUCGGCUGUGUGGUGGCCAUCCAUGUGACGACUAUCCUGGAUAUUGUUGGACUGGAUGGGUUUGAUAGCUCCCUAGGGCUCUUCAUGCUGUUUCGAAGCUCUGGAGGAUUUGUGGGUCCACCUGCUGCAGGCUGGCUGGUGGACUGGACUCAUGACUUCGGUGCUGCUUUCUACUUGUCUGGCGUCUGCCUUGUUUUGUCUGGGGUUUUUGUGGUUCUUGUUGACAGGCUGGUGGAGAAGAAAAAACACAAACUACCAGAUACAUGUACUGAGACUACAGAUCAUCCCAUGCAUAAAGCGGACAUUGCAGAUGUUUAAAAGCCAUUGAUGAUAAUGUACCAGUGUUUUUUUAUAUGUCAACUUUUAUCUGUUUAAAACCAUAUUGUGUUAAUGUUUUUACCUUUCAAAAAGGAUGCAGGCUUGUUAUUAUCUCAACCUCUCACCCCAUAACUUCCAAGCAGUGAGAGAUUAGUUUAAGACUGUGGCAUCAUUGCCACGUUUAAAGGUGCAGUGUGUACUUUUAGCGACCUCUAGCGAUUCGGUUGUGAGUUGCAGUAAGGGCUCAGCCCCCUCCCUUUCGAAGAAGCUACGGUGGCUAAAACAGGACAAACAUACCGUCGUCUGAGACAGCAGAGAACAGCCAG